CAGCUUCGGCCGGCCUGUUUCCCCGAGGAACCCGGAAGUGCCUUGGAAGAGGUGGUAGGAUGCCAUCCUGAGCCUCGCCCUAGAAGGACAGACCCAGAUACCAUGUUUCUCGCUCGAGUGACCUCUCAGUUAACUAGGGCUGUGCCCUGGGCAGGCCGGUGUUUGUCAAGGCCAGGCCCUGUGGUGCCCCCUCCAGUCUCUGUAGCCAAAUGUUGCUGUUACAACACCUGGCCGGCGGGCAGAAAUGGGCCGGCCCCCCAGCCCCAGGCACGGAGAGAUCCGGAUCUAGAGGAGAUGCUUGUGCCCAGGAAGAUGUCCAUCAGCCCCCUGGAGACCUGGCUCACUGUUCGAUACUUGUUCCCCAAGCCUGAGGCCACCAUCCCUCGCCCCAGACCUGGAACGGUGAGCCUAGCCUUGCUCUAUGACUGUCCCCCAAGUGAGGCCAAGGAUGGAGAGGAGCUGGGGGAAGGAGGCUCCCGGGGGGCCCCCAUGAUGCACUGCAAGAAUGUGCUGAAGAUCCGCCGGCGGAAGAUGAACCACCACAAGUAUCGUAAGCUGGUGAAGAGGACCCGGUUCUUGCGGCGGAAGGUCCGAGAAGGGAGAAUGAAGCGGAAGCAGAUCAGGUUUGAGAAGGACUUGAAGCGUUUAUGGAAGAAAGCAGGCUUGAAGCAGGCCCCUGAGGGCUGGCAGCCCCCCAAGAUCUAUGUGAAGAGCACCUGAGCCCCUCCUGAGUGUGUCUGCUGCAGCAUUUUAAUAAAUCUUAUAGAAACAUCA